CAACAAGGCGGACAAAAAGCUACCUUUUAUGCGAAGAAGGCAUACUAAGGUACUCUCGUGCCAAUCGAGAAGAGACUCUCAGCAUGGUUCGCUCUGAGGAAGCAGAGGCUUGGUUCGCUGCAGUCUACGAAGCCGUCCAAGAGAUCCCCAGAGGCAAAGUCACUUCUUAUGGCCAUAUUGCUACACUACUCGACUGCCCGGAACGUCCUCGGCAAGUCGGCGUGAGUCUAAAGCAUCUGCCCUCGUCUGAGAGAUCGGAUCUCGCUUUUCAUGAAGGAAAUGUACCAUGGCAGCGAGUCAUUAAUGCAAAAGGGAUAAUCUCACCAAGGGCGUCGGGAGCAUCGCGGCAAGCGGCCGCUCUUCGCCGCGAAGGGGUCGAAGUGGGGCGGGGGAGCCUCGGUGAGUUCACGGUAGACUUUUCUCGGUACGGAUGGUUCCCGAGUGUCCUGCCCAGCGAGGCUGCAGAGGAGGCAUCAAGCAGUGAAGGGGAGGAUGGGGACGAUCAAGGUGAUCGAGGACUUGAAGGAAGAGACACGCAAGAUAGUCAGAUAGCACGGGACAGCGCAUUGGCAAAUCCUCGAGGGGGAGGAGACGGGCGAGGGGGGAGACGAACCAGGUCAAGAAGAGAGGGACAUCGACAGUGACCGUGCCGCUGAUGAUGCGUGUACUCCAUAAAAGCAACACUGUUUCACGCUUGCUCGGGGCUUGGCGAUAAUGUCGUUGUUUGUUUGAUGGAUAUCUGUUGACUGUUUGUUGGUUGAUAGACCAGGAGACGCGCCCAAAGCGUCUGGUUUGUCGUCAUUUGAAGGGACCUGAGCUGAAGAUAGUAUCAAGUACAAAAAUCAAGUACUGAUACGCGAGAAAACCGGAAAAAUUCCCUGCGUCUGGGGUACAGAUACCCGAUAACUCCUGCCGAG